AAAGAGUCUUUUUUGUGGUGGGUGAAGUGGGCUAAGAGGAACUUAUUCAAUUCGUUCAUGAACGGCCCCACUGAUUUAAACAAAAACAAAUAAAUAAAGUAAAAUAAAAACGCACAUCGAACGGCUGCUCUCUGUGCCAUAGUGUCUUAGCUGGAGUACCAAGUGCCAGCGAUUGGGUAUCACAUCCAUCCGCUAGCAUGUCCGAAGUGGAGUCUGAGCUGCUUAGAAAAGUGAAUGAGAAAAUCGAUCUGAUUGAGCCCACAACCGGAAAACUGUUUUUCGAGCACAAAACAGAGCUGGUUUUCUGUAGGCCGCACCUGAUGCCGCUAAAGACGCAGGCGCUGGAACGGCUAGAGGAAAUGCAUCGUGAAACUGCGCGUCAGCUGCAAAAGAAGAGAAACAAUAAGAAAAUCACCGAGCCCCACAAGGAAUAGGCCGUCAAUCGAGUGGCCCGAAAUGAAUUAGUUAUUACACUUAGCCAGUAAUCACAGCACACAAACACACACCACACAC